CUGUUCAGUGGGCUUCUCGGUUUAAAGCUCUGAGGAACAAUAGAGAAGACUCUUGACAACUCCGUUGUAUUAUAAAAUAAAAAGAUGGUCUGAAUAAAAGUGUAUUUUUUCGCUGAAAUCGUGUUUCUUAUAUACAAAAUUUAUUGCAAAAGAAAACGGUGAAUAACAACAACCAUUUAAUCACUUAAAAUCAACAAUUAAUCGCAAUUAAUUGAUGAUUUUCGUGAUUAAUCGCGAUGGUUGACAAAGUCAUCGAUUAAUCGCGAAAAUUAUCACUUAAUCGCGAUUAAAUAAUCAUUUUUUCCCGAAUCACGAUGAGCGUCGAUUUUUUCAACCAUCGCGAUUAAUCGACAAAAAUGAAGCGAUUUUCAGCACAUGGGGAGUAUCUGUGAGAUUUGAUUGAACAGUACUGACGACUGGCAAUGGUUGUGAGUUGACUUUCUCAUUUGUUUUCUUCUCAGGAGCGAAUAUUUGUGCACGUUGUUUAAGGAAAAGUAAUUGCUGCAUGAAUUUUGGAAUUAAAUCUUUGACUAAUUCUUGAUUAUCCAUGAGAUACAUAGUCGCUCCGUCAAUAUCUCCAUCUACAAGAAAAAAAAAACACAUUUAUAACUUAGUAAAGGUAGAUUUUUCCUUAAAGUGAAAACUCCCUAAGCUCAACUAACUUCAGGCACUGACAGAAAUAAGGGCGUUGUAUGGCUCUUGUGUUGUACAACUAUUUGGUCGGAGAACCAGUCUCCAAAAUACUAGCAUUCAAUGAAAAGAGUUACCAGCUGAAAGAAAAUGGUUCCCAAGUAUUUGAACAAUCACGGAAAUAGAGUUCGAAAUUAGCUGAACUCACGAUACAUAUGAAAAGUAUCUAUGAUCUAUGUUCUAUCACAAAUCUAGUGACUUUCUUAAAUGCCGUUAUUGUACGAAAAGAAGGUGUAUGUGAAGAAUUACUGGAACGGGAUAGUACGUUUGUCAAUUGUGACAAAAAGGGAACUUAUAAAAGACUAUUAAUCAAAGCAUGUGGUUGUUCUGAACAUUGUCAAAUGGGACAUCAGUAUCGUGGAAUGGCCGGCUAUAAGUUUGAGGUAUCUAACGAAGCAUCGUUAUUUAUGUGCGAAGAUUUGAAAGACAAACAGGUACUGAUCGUAAGCGGUGUUCGAAAAACGUGGGCCGAAUUCAAGAAUGAUCACUCUGAUUGGGAUUUUGAUACGACCAGUCUGAGUGAGAAUGAUCUAAAUCGAUUGAGAGGAAAAUAUGCGAUCAUUUGGCAGAAGAUUGGUGGACAGCUAUGCCAAGAGUAUCAUAUGGAAUACGUCAUGCAUAACUCGAAUCAAACAGAAACUAUACCAUGUCAUUAUAUUAUGUUGUUAGAUGCCUCUAGUUCAAUGAAAGGACAACCGUGGAACGAUUUAAUCGAAGUUGUCACAAUAUUUAUUCGUUUACGCCUGGCCGCAGCCAUGGGCGAUCGAGUAACGAUUCUUGUCUUCAACGAUUCCGUAGCACCAGUUUAUGUCAAUGAAGAAUUACAAGCCAUAAACAUUACACGUAUACAAUACAAGGGACACGGAACGAAUUUUGCAGCAGCAUUCAGGUAUGUCCCAAGAGUAAUUGAUCAGUUAUGCCACGACAGAAAUUUUCAACAUUUUCAAAAUGUGAUUAUAUUUAUGAGUGAUGGUGAAGCUAGUUAUCCAGCUGAAGAAUUAAAUAUAAUAUGUAAUCAAUUUCGCAGUGUUAUAACCAAAUUUUGGACAGUUGCGUUAGGCACUCGCCAAAAAAACGUGUUAUCAUUGAUUAAUUCAACCAUGGAUGGCGAAUACAGAAAUAAAAAAGAAUCGUGUGAUCUUGUUCAAGCGUAUGCUGAAAUUGCUCAAAAUAACUUAGUGCGCAAUGACAAACAGCAAUAG